CGUACUAUCUCGUUAUACAUGUAGAACAUUCUGUCGAAGUCACGUAGUAACGCAUGGUAAUGCGCCUGAUACGCACGAUUAUUAUCACUGGCAUUUGUAAUGUAUCCGUCCACACUCCGAUCCGGUUUCCGCUGCUUACUACAAGAGUUGGCCGUGACACGCAGAUUGCACUUACAUGCGCCGCGUCUCCAGAAUCAGCCACGUCCAUUGACGCAGUUUACAGACGAUGAACUUAUGCUGAAGGAGACUGUUGCUAAAUUGGCCAAGGAAGAGAUCGCUCCGCUUGUGCGAAAGAUGGAGAAAAACGGAAGGAUAGACGACGGGUUAUUGCGGAAACUCUUUGAGAAUGGCUUGAUGGGGAUCGAGGUCCCGGCAGAAUACGGCGGAGCAGGGAGCAACUUCAUGAGCACGAUUCUAACGAUUGAGCAGAUCGCCAAGGUGGAUCCGGCGGUGUGCGUACCCGUAGAUAUCCAAAACACUCUGCUAAACGCAUUGAUUCUCAAAGUCGGGUCUGAAAAGCAGAAGCGAGAGCAUUUGCCCAGGUUGACCGCAAACUGUGUAGGCAGUUUCUGCCUGACGGAACCCGAGUCAGGAUCGGACGCUUUCGCUUUGAGGACCGAGGCGAGGAAAGAAGGCGCCGAGUACGUGAUUAACGGCACGAAAAUGUGGAUUUCAAAUUCCGACGUCGCGGGGCUUUUCCUGGUUUUCGCCAACGCGGAUCCCUCCGCCGGCUACCGUGGCAUCACGACUUUUCUCGUAGACCGCGAUACAGCCGGUUUGACGGUAGGCAAACCGGAGGACAAGAUGGGUAUCAAGGCAUCGGGUACCUGCAUGGUUCACUUCGAGAACGUUAGAAUACCCGAAAACAAUCUGCUGGGGAAAUUUGGACAUGGAUAUAAAUACGCGGCUGGAUUCCUGAAUGAGGGUAGGAUUGGUAUCGCAGCGCAAAUGAUUGGCACGGCACAGGGGUGCUUAGACGCCACCGUACCGUACACGUUGCAGAGGAAACAAUUCGGGCAGGAUAUCUUCUCCUUUCAAGCUCUGCAACAUCAGAUAGCGCAGAUGGUGACGGAACUGGAGUGCGCCAGAUUGCUCGUUUACAAUGCAGCGAGACUGGUCGAAGCUAAAAAGGACGUUAUAAAAGAAGCUGCCAUGGCAAAGCUCGUCGCAUCCGAGACCGCAUGUCGCGUAACUGCGAAAUGCAUAGACGUCAUGGGAGGCGUUGGUUUCACGACUGACUUUCCUCAGGAGAAGUACUUCAGAGACUCCAAAAUCGGUACCAUCUAUGAGGGCACGAGCAAUAUACAGUUGUCGACGAUUGCAAAGUGUAUUCGCAAAGAAUACUCCUAAAGACAGAAAAAAUGAUUAUCAUGAUUACUGUGCUCAUUGAUUAUAUUGUUUUCCUAAUUUUUAAAAUCUAGUGUAUGCAUAACGUGUAAACGAAACUUUGACACAUACACAGCCUACAUAGCUUUAAAUUGAUAAAUUUUUGAUAAAAAAGAUAUUGUAAUAUACAUUUCAAUUAAUUUAGUUAAGUUACAUAAGUUAAUAUAUACAUAUAUAUCGAAAUAAGUAGUGUUAAGAAUUACAUCAGUGUACACAAUUAAAUAAAGCUAAUGUCAGAUGUUUUUAAUAUA